AUGAGAUUCUCCUCGAUUGCCUUGACGGCAGUCGCUGCCACGGCCACUGUCGCCCAACCUCACGUCCACAAACAUCGACGCAUGCACGAGCACAAGGAGCGGGAUGUCACCGAGACCGCUUGGACGGCGGGCCCAACCGCCUACGUGUAUAUGCUCAAUGGCAAGGAGCUCUCAGCUGGAGAAGUGUGCGACGGUCUGGAGGGCCAUGAAUUGAAGUUCGUGGAUGGUCAAGAUCCCGGCGUUUGCUCGCAGGUUUCAACAAGUACCUGGUCUUCAGCUUCUUCAACUUCGACCGAAUCGAGCGCUGCACCCUCGACCACUACCUGGUCGGCACCUGCGUCUUCCUCUGCACCAGCAGAGUUCUUCCAGAAACCAUCUUCGUCAGAUUGGUCCAGUCCAAGUGAAUCUGCAAGUUCCAGCUCAGCACCGACUCAAUCUUCGUCUGUAUCCUCUGGCGGCACUGGUAUCAACGCACCAUUCCCGGACGGUCAACUCGAUUGCAGCACUUUCCCCUCGCAGUACGGUGCCAUUUCUCUCGACUACCUUGGAAUGGGUGGCUGGUCUGGCUUGCAAGCAGUUACCAUUGCCGGUGGCUUCGUUAACCACAUUGUGACCGGUGUGUCGGGCGAGACUUGCACGGAGGGAAUGAUGUGUUCCUAUGCCUGCCCUCCAGGAUACCAGAAAUCCCAGUGGCCUUCGACUCAAGGAGCCACCGGUCAAUCUGUUGGCGGCCUCUCUUGCUCUGGCGGCAAGCUUCACUUGACCAACCCUGGUCUCUCCAACAACCUUUGUAUUGCCGGUGUUGGUGGUGUUCAAGCUACUAACAACGCUGGCGGUGUUGUCGCAAUCUGCCGUACCGAUUACCCUGGGACUGAGUCUGAAACCAUUCCAGUCGAACUCCAACCUGGUGAAACAGAACAGUUGACCGUUCCUGAUGCUGCCAGCUACUAUGAAUGGCAAGGACAAUCGACCUCUGCCCAGUAUUACUUGAAUCCUAUCGGAGUGUCUGCCGCUCAAGGCUGCCAAUGGGGAUCACCUGGCCAGAAUAUUGGUAACUAUGCCCCCAUCAACUUUGGCGUGGGUGCCAAGGGAGGUGUGACCUGGUUAUCAAUCUUCCAAAAUUCCCCAACAACCAGCACUCAGUAUCAAGGUACUGUUGAGUUGAAGGGUAACUUGUCUGGAUCUUGCAAAUACUCCAACGGUCAAUACUGUGGUGCUAGCGGAUGCAAUUCACAAGGAUGCACUGUAAGUUAA